ACCAGGGAGUGUUCCUGGUUGGCCAACCCGAGUCUUCCUCUUCCCGGCUGAGCAGCUUCAUUGGCCGGCAGCUCUCUUGAAUGAAGCGCCGCAGAAACGUGCAGGCAGCAGGCAGGAGGAAGUUGUGUGGGCCGCCGCAGGGAGCGACCGACGCACAGCAACACGACCGCCGGGCGGGCUACGGUGGGUGGUCGGACACCGGUUAUCUGUCGACCGAAGGCGGCUGGCUCUCUCCCCGGAGCUCGGUGUCGGAGAGUGAAUGAGGUUGAUGCUGCUCUGCUGCACCUGGAAGGACGAACGCAUGGGAGAGGAGGAAGCUGGAGGAAGCUUGCCCGUCUGUGCGGGAUGCAAACAGAGGAUCUACGAUGAGCAGUACCUUCAGGCCCUCAACACUGACUGGCACACCGUUUGCUUCAGGUGUUGUGAGUGCAGCGCCUCGCUGUCCCACUGGUAUUAUGAAAAAGAUGGACGGCUCUUCUGCAAGAAGGACUACUGGGCCAAAUUUGGGGAGCUGUGCCAUGGCUGCAACGACCCGAUCACCACCGGCCUUAUCAUGGUCGCAGGGGAACAGAAAUAUCACCCAGAAUGCUUCACCUGUCUGAACUGCAGGGCGUUCAUCGGUGAUGGAGACACAUACGCUCUGGUGGAGAGAUCCAAACUCUACUGUGGUCACUGUUACUACCAGACCAUCGUCACCCCGGUGUCAUUGCCGGAUUCGCCAUGCUCGAGGAUCCCUCACACGGUCACACUGGUGUCGAUCCCUGCCUCAGCCGAGGGCAACAACGGACACAGAGGGCGGGGUUUCUCUGUGGCCAUUGACCAGCCACUCAGCCCGAUCAACGGCUACAGCCCUGAACAUGGACACACCGUCAGAGUCUCCCAAGUGGACGAAGACUGCAUCAGUCCGGAUGUGAAAAAUUCCAUUCACGUUGGAGACAGGAUCCUGGAAAUCAACGGGACACCAAUUCACAACGUCCCCCUGGACGAGAUCGACCUGCUGAUCCAGGAGACGAGCCGGCUGCUCCAGCUCACCAUCGAACACGACCCUCACAGUCAGGGGCAGGAAGGAGGCUCCUCAGAGGCUGAAGAGCAGGUGGACGGCCCCCUGUCCUCCCCUCCCCUGUCUGAGGGCCCCAGCCCCGUCCUGCCCAUCACCCAGCCCCCCAACCCCGACAUCAACAGCCUAAGGUCCCGCAUCAUCACGCGGAGCUACAGCAUUGAUAAGUCACCAGGCUCCAGCAACGCAGCGUCCCCCAUCUCACAGAGGAAGGACAUCAAUCGCUCUGAGUCGCUCCGCGUCGUCUCAAAUCGGACGCACCGCAUCUUCCGCCCGUCUGACCUCAUCCACGGAGAGGUGCUGGGGAAGGGCUGCUUCGGACAAGCCAUCAAGGUGACCCAUAGGGAGACAGGAGAGGUGAUGGUGAUGAAGGAGUUGAUUCGCUUUGAUGACGAGACACAGAGAACAUUCCUGAAAGAGGUGAAGGUCAUGCGUUGCCUGGAUCACCCCAAUGUGCUCAAGUUCAUUGGAGUCCUCUACAAGGACAAAAGACUCAACUUCAUCGCAGAGUACAUAAAGGGAGGCACCUUGAGGGACAUCAUCAAGAAAAUGGACAGCAGUUAUCCCUGGAACCAGCGGGUCAGUUUUGCACAUGACAUAGCUGCUGGGAUGUCAUAUCUGCAUUCCAUGAACAUAAUCCACCGCGACCUGAACUCACACAACUGUCUAGUCCGGGAGGACAACACAGUGGUGGUGGCAGACUUCGGGCUGGCUCGGCUCAUGAUUGACGACAAACACGAGGAGAAGUUGUCGCAGGGCAAACUGUCAGGCCUGAAGAGGCCCGACCGCAGGAAGAGGUACACCGUGGUGGGAAACCCUUACUGGAUGGCUCCUGAGAUGAUCCACGGCAAGAGCUACGAUGAGAGAGUAGACAUCUUUUCCUUCGGCAUCAUGCUCUGCGAGAUCAUUGGCAGGGUGAAUGCAGACCCAGACUACCUCCCCAGGGCGAUGGACUUUGGACUGAACGUGUCUGGCUUCCUGGAGCAUUACUGUCCCCCUGAUUGUCCCCCUGCCUUCUUCCCCAUAGCUGCUGUGUGCUGUGACCUUGACGCAGACAAACGCCCUGCUUUCUCCAAACUGGAGGAGUGGCUGGAGAACCUGAAGAUGCACUUGGACAUCGGUCUGCCCCUGGUGUCUGAAGUGAGCCAGCUGCACAAGACCUUCUGGGAAAACCACAGCAUCACGCGCUCUGAGAACGGCCUGCACGUCCACCCCGAACAGCCGGAGUAGGGCUGGACAGGACAGGAGGAGCGGGAAGUUAGAGUUAACCCCACAAGGGUACUGGAAAGCGUUAACGGGUGUCGUCGGUAAGGUCUGCGCAGGGUGAGCAACGGCCUGCCUCGUGCGGUGCAGUGGCUGGUGUUGCUUUUCAUAAGAGGAGGAGUCAUGUAAAUACCCCUCCAUGUCCCAGGCAGAUGCAGUGGGCGUAGGCUGGCUCAGGCUUAACAAGUAGACUCGGGGAAAGUGUGGAUCUGAAAAGCCACCUGUGCGAGACGCACGCACAUUCAAAGUCAAAUCAAGAGACAUUAACUAUGAUAGCUUGAUUCUGCUGCAGCCGAAGCUGAAGCGGAACAUAUGCAAUCAGACCAGACUUUCAAAUCAUGACUCAACUCUUGAAUCAUGUAGAUUUACAUUUGCGGUUUUCCACCAGUCAUAGCAUCCAAGAAUACUUACUGUAAUGUGUAUAUUCAUGUGGAUAAAGUAGUCCAAAAAAACAAAGGCAUAAAGCAAAUCUUCAGCCUCCUCACUUUGGGCCUCUACAGAGUACAUUGUGCAGUGUGUGUUUAUAGGUGACUUUGGUUUGAUUUGAUUUUGCUUUUUUGGUUUGGAUAUCAAAACUGAACUUAUGAAACAUGCUAAGGAGAGGGGCCCGUCUGUUGCUGAAGACGCAAAGGUUGAGCUCAAUUUGCUGCCCACUUAUACAAGUCAAGCAGAAUUUUAAAAGCUUUAAAUAGCUCACUUAAGAGUGCAUGACUGUAAAUAAUGCUGUCAGGUUAUAUCCUGGUUCAUCAUGUCCCUCUGACCUCAUUUGGUCAUCUACUACUUGACCUGCUUGUGUCUCUGGCGCUGCCCCUCUCCCUCAUUUAUUGUGUAGCACUGACUUAACUUUGAGGUACACAUACAUUAUACACACAUACAUUUUGGUACGUUGUCUCCCAAUUUUAAGAGCUGUCAACAUAUCUCACCCAUAUUGACUUGGCAUCAUAUGCAUUUCGAAAGCAUACCAGUGUACAUAGCUGGCAACGUUGUAAAUGUUUUAAAUAUUGUAAAUAUACAGACAUAUUUUAUAUACGUAUGCUACAUUGCCAUAUUUUUAUUGGCUGACCAGUUGAAAUUAAGGAGAGUAAAGGUUUGACUGCAGUUAAUAGAGGACAGCUGAAAGUUUUAUUGUUUUUUUUUUUUUGUUUUGUUUUUUUACUUUGUCACUAUUGUGGCAGGUUAGGGGCUUUUAGCAUUUGAGAAAAGAGGAAUCUUGACUCCACAAAACAUCUCCUACCCUCAGUUCAAGCUCAAUAAGUGUUACAUCCCGUUGUUUUCCUCCAUCCAAACAAGUCUGUCUCUCAACAUUUGAUUGAUCCUCUCAAGAGUUUUCAUGUAGCUGGAGUAAUCGUAAUACUGGAUCAUCUAAUCACAUCAAAUUGUUGGAAAGGGGUUAGUUGCCCCAUUUUAAAUCUCAACUCUAAUAUACUAUAAGUGAUAUAAGAGUCUUGAGAGCAAUCAGUCUACUGUUAUUCACUCUCAUCUCAUGUACUGUACAGUAGUUCAGGUACUGUCCCAUCGUGUCAGCUGUCUGUCUACAUAUCUGUGUCUCCUCCUGUGGAUGACCCUUUGUUUGUUUACAUGUAAAUGCUAGCUGUAAAUAUCAUUGUGUAUAUAUAUAUAUAUAUGUAUAUGUCUGUCCUUACAUCUGUCUGCGUGCAUUGCAUAAAUAUGCGCUACCACACUCCUCAGAAAUAAUCAAUUCCACUGUCAGAUUUCUCUCUUGCACCUUCUAACACAAAUUUCUUGACUCUAAUCUAAAGUUGUUGGGUUUUUUUUUAAAUUUUCUGCUGUUUCACGAGCUGCAUGAUGUACUAGCUAGGUCUGCUCAGCUUCUAAACCCAGCUAUUUUUGUCUCUAAAUAUUGUGAUUUUAAAUAUGAAAACAAAGAAUGGAAGACAGAAAAAGUCAACAGAGAAAGCCUAAAAAGGAAAUGAGAAAAAAAAAAACACAGCAUCUGUUUUUUUAUAUAUAACCACUGAAAUCUUUUUGUAUAGAUUUGAGUACUUUAAUUUGCACUAUAUUACCAAAAUGGCUGGUUGAAGCCAUGUUUUUUUAAUUUCCUCUCUUGGGCUACUUGUGAUAAGGAAAUUAUUAUGUCGGUUCAGGUUGAUAAAUGAAUGCAAGACACUGAUAGAGCCUUUCAACUGUAAAAAAUAAGUUCUGGGAAAUACAUCCUCUUGACAGCAGAUGAUUAGUGAAGUUAUUAUUUAGAUUAAUAUUCCGUGCAUCUGUGAUUUCAAGGUUUUAAAUACAGUUUUUGCAGGAGCUUGUUUGGUUAUACAUCUAUGGUGAUAUUUACUGUGGUUUCAUUUUCAAGACUUUAACAAAAGUCUUCAAAAUUCUUAGAUAUUAGAGUUUAAAUGAGAUAAAGAAAUCAAGUUUUCUGGUGUUUGCUUCCAAGAGGAUGUGAUGUCCCAGCUCUGCUUGCUGCCUACAGACUGGUCCUUUGUGAAUGAUGUUGUGUGUUGUUUCUGACUGCUUGGUUCCAUAUGUGAUGCCCACAGAGGCUGCAACCACUGAUGGUCUGUCUUAUAAUACAGCACUUAAACUGGCUUGUCUCACCUCUCACUCCUUCAUCUUUUUGGCUCAGGGCCGUAAUUUUCUGGAGCUACUUCACAAUUCAGUUAAUUCAGCAGCUUAAUAGGAAAACAUUACUCCACAGUAACAGUGAGACUCAAAGAGCAUGUGACCUUCUGUCAAUUUAUAGGCUGAUAACACGAAACACGCUUCUCUAAAGUGAGCCCCUCCUGGUUGACGCAUUUGACUGUGGGCAUGUACUGUACACGAGUGGCUUUGCCGUGUUUCUGUCUCCAUUCCUGUCUGAGCCAUGUCGAGCAUGUUAGAUGUGUCUGUGAGGACAUGUUGAUGAUCAAUGAGAAUGUUGCCGCAGCACUUCUUUGCAAAGGAUCGUUACCUCUGAUCAAUGCUGUGCCUUUGUUGUAAGCUAGCCUUGCCAACGACUCGAAAACGUGUCUGAGGAAACUGAUUUCCUUUUUUAUGUAUCAUAAGUGCAAGCCUGAUUUAAAAUGGAUUGAAUAUCAUUGCUGACACUAGCCUAUGUUGUAUGAGAUUUCAUCUUGUUCUGUAUCAUAUUUAUAUUUUCCAGAUCUUCAUUGUCAGUUUUGAUAUUUUAAUAUUAUAUUUCUUUUUUUUGUCUUAUUUAAUUUUUUUUACACAAGCUGUGAAAACAAUUCUGCACUUUAAUCCUGAACGUGAACAUUUAGACUCUGAGGAGGCGACUGUUUUGAUUGUUUUUUUCCCCUUUUGUCACAGCUAAAAAUAAAACUGUUGCUCCUUAAACAAA